CACAGGGACCGCUUUGCCCAAGUGGAAGGAGGCCUGAUGGCUGGGGCGCCGAUGGCCAGCCCCAAAGGGCUGAUUAGCCUUCGCUGUGGGCCGGAGACGAAGUUCGUGAAGCUUGAGGACGUCCGGCCCCGGGCAGCUGUUUACAGCUGAAGGCAGAAACUAAGGGCCAGGAGGAGUCUUCUGGGAAACGAAAGCGAAAGAGGCAAAGUUAACCACCCGAGCUGGCCGCACCCGGCAGUCCCGCACCAGCGGAGCCGAGGAUGGCCGCGACCGGCUGCUUCCCGCUGCUGGUCGAGGGGUCGUGGGGCCCCAACCCCCCGAAGAACUUGAGCACCAAGUUGCAGAUGUACUUUCAGAGCCCGAAGCGGUCGGGAGGAGGGGAGUGCGAGGUCCACCAGGAGCCCGGGAGCCCUCCGCGCUUCCUGGUGCUCUUCUUCCCGGACGACGUUCGGCAGAAGGUUCUAGAGAGAAAGAAUCACGAGUUAGUAUGGCCGGGAAAAGGGACAUUCAAGUUAACUGUCCGGUUGCCUGUGACCACAGAUGAAGUCCAUGAUGACUUUGAGGGGAAAAUCCCUACAAAGGAAUCCAAGACCAAAGGAGAUGUCAAAGAACCAGAUGUGUCAGAAGAACUAAAUACAGAGAUUGAUGUCAACACAAUAUUGGAAAAAACAGAGGAUAUCCCAGACGAAUGUGAAAAUAUUUCCUCUGUGGUGGCAUUUGAAAGUCUCAAGGAAUAUGUGACUGACAUGAUGUUAAUCUUGUUAGUGGAGAACAUAAGUGGCCUGUCCAGUGAUGACUUUCAAGUGGAAAUAAUACGAGAUUUUGAGGUCGCUGUAGUUACCUUUCAAAAACAUACAGAUACCAUAAAAUUUGUUGAUGAUUGUACCAGGCAUCAUUCAAUUAAACAACUCCAGCUUUCCCCAAGACUUCUGGAAGUGACAACAACAAUCAGGGUUGAAAAUCUGCCACCUGGUGUAGAUGACAACAACUUAAAACUUUUCUUUGAAAAUCCUUUUAAUGGAGGGGGAAGAGUUGCCAGUAUUAAAUGUUUUCCUGAAGAGAGUUCAGCUCUGAUUGAAUUUUGUGACAGAAAAGUGUUAGAUACCAUCAUGGCCAAGAAACUUGAUUUCAAUAAAAUGCCGCUUUCUGUGUUCCCGUACUAUACCUCCUUGGGCACAGCCUUGUAUGGAAAGGAAAAGCCUCUGAUCAAGCUUCCAGCACCCUUUGAAGAGUCCCUGGAUCUUCCCUUAUGGAAGUUCUUACAGAAGAAGCAUCACCUGAUUGAGGAGAUAAAUGAUGAAAUGAGACAUCAACACUGUGAGCUAACAUGGUCCCCACUCAGUGGCAAAGUUACCAUCCGACCUGCGGCCACCUUAGUCAAUCAAGGACGAUCAAGAAUCAAGGCCUGGCAGGAAGCUACUUCCACAGCGCUCUCUGGCAUCAGGUCUAAAUAUAAAGUUACCGCAUUUAAAGUGAAUCCGAUGGUAUGGAACACCGUAAAAGACGACGUGGAGGAAAAUAGGAUUUUGAUUGAGUUUGAUCCACUUCAGGAGACCGUAACCUUAGCAGGACACUCAGAGGAUGUCCAAAACAUUGAGCUACAGAUCAAGGAAUUAGUAGAAAUCACGACUCAAAACAUUAGAAGAGAAGAGCAAAGUCUGAAGGAAAAAGUGGCCAUUUCUCCAGUGAAGUAUUUUCUUUUGUGCCAUAGCGGUGAACAGGAGCGUCUAAGCACAGAAUGCCCAGAGUUGGAGAUUUGUUAUGAUGCAGCCACUGGGCACAUGUGCUUUAAAGGACUCCCUGCAGAUGUGUAUAAAGUAAAGUGUGAAAUCCAGGAAAAGGUGUAUGCCAUGGCGCAGAAGAACAUUCAGUUUUCUCCUGAGAUUUUCCAGUUUCUGCAACAGGUAGACUGUAAAGAAUUCUCUAAGUCUCUUUUUAUAGCACAGAAAAUUCUUGCAGUUUAUGAACUAGAGGAUCCAGCUGUUCUCUUAACUGGCUGUUCUUCUGAAGUCCUGUUAGAAGCUGAAAAGCAAAUGCUCAGUGCCUUAAAUUCUAAGCGCUUUGAAGUGGAGAACAAGGAAGUUCUGGAUGGCAAGAAAUGGAAAGAGCUCACUUGCAAUUUGCGUAAGAAACAUAAUUCCUCCUCAAACACUGCAGUAAUCGAUGAGUUAACUUCAGAAACCACUGCUGAAGUCGUCAUUUCAGGCCUUGUGACAGAAGUAAAUGAAAUCUAUCACUUGCUUUUUGACUUUGUGGAAAAACACAUGGAAAUAGAGAGAUUGAUUGAAGUGAAGUCUUCCUUAGUUGUUGACUACUUAAGGGCAGAAAAGAAGCAAUUAUGGGGAAGGAUAAGGAAGACAGGUAUGCAGGUAAUUUUCAAUCCCGAGAACAAACAAAACGGCAUUUCACUGAUUGGCCCAAAGACCGAAGUACUGGCAGUAAUGAACACUGUCAAGCAACUCCGGGAUUCAGUCUGCAUUAAAAACGUCUGCAUUGAUAAGCCAGGCACCAGGCAGUUCUUCCAGGACAAAGCACGCUAUUAUAAAGGCGAGGUCAGACGGCUGUUUGGUUGUUUCAUUGAAAUACAGGAGAAUGAAAAAAAGGAGGGGGGCUGCACGGGUGGGCAGAAGUGCAUCUGCAGGACAGAGGUGGCCCCUGGAGUCAUGCUGAUUGUGCAGCAGGGCGACUUGUCACUGCUUCCUGUGGACGUGGUGGUGAAUGCAGCAAAUGAGGACCUCCAGCACUGUGGCGGCCUUGCUGCUGCGCUCCUGGAGGCAGCUGGCCCUGAGCUCCAAGCAGACUGUGACCGAAUAGUGAAGACAGAGGGCAAGCUCCUACCUGGCACUGUCACCAUCUCGAAAGCAGGAAAGCUCCCAUGCCACCGUGUCAUCCACGCAGUUGGGCCCCGGUGGGAGGAAAAUGAGGUCCUGAGGUGUGUGCACCUGUUAAAGAGAGCUGUGCAACAAAGUCUCCGUUUAGCUGAAAAACACAAGUACCAAUCCAUAGCCAUUCCAGCUAUUAGUUCUGGAAUCUUUGGCUUUCCCUUACCCCAGUGUGUGGAGACCAUUGUUUCAACCAUCAAAGAAAGUUUCCAUAACCAGGAUGGACACACCUUGAAAGAGAUUUACCUCGUGGAUACAUCUCAGAAGACUACGGAGGCCUUUGCUAAAGCUGUGAAAACUAUAUUUAAAAACACCCUGCCUGAAACAGCUUCCCUGCCCCGUUCACCAGUGGCAGUCCAGCCUGAGGAAAUGUCACAGAAACAAACAAUUCUGGUGUCUCCUGAAGGCCUGAGGAUCCUGCUGGUGAGAGGAAGUGUGCAGGAUGCGAAGACUGAUGUUGUUGUCAACUCCAUUCCCUCGGAUCUUGUGCUUAACAGAGGGCCUCUAUCUAAGGCCCUCUUGGAAAAAGCUGGACCAAAGCUCCAGGAGGAAUUGAAUACAGCUGGACAAGAUGCACAUGUCACUGCAGGCACAAUUUUCCAGACAAGCGGCUUCAAUCUGCACUGCCACCGUGUGCUUCACGUGGUGGUUCCACAAUGGAGAAGUGACAGCAUGUCUUCGUGCAUGGCCAUGGAAAACAUAAUCAGAAAGUGUUUGAAGAUCACUGAGAGCCUGUCCUUAAAAUCAAUUGCAUUUCCAGCAAUAGGAACAGGAAACCUGGGAUUUCCUAAAACCAUAUUUGCUGAAUUAAUCAUUUCAGAAGUGUUCAAAUUUAGUAGCGAGAAUCAACUGCAAACUUUACAAGAGGUUCAGUUUCUGCUGCACCCGAGUGAUCAUGGAAAUAUUCAGGCAUUUUCAGAUGAAUUUGACAAAAGGGCUAAUGGAAAUCUUGUCAGUGACAAAAUUGCCAAGGCUGAAGAUACACAAGGUUUUUAUGGGACUGUUUCUAGCCCUGAUUUAGGAGUGCAUGAAAUGAAGAUUGGCCCUAUCAGCUUCCAGGUGGCCUCUGGAGAUAUCACCAAAGAAGAGGCAGAUGUGAUUGUAAAUUCAACAUCAAAUACAUUUAAUCUCAAAGCAGGGGUCUCCAAAGCAAUUUUAGAAUGUGCUGGACAAAAUGUGGAAAUGGAGUGUUCUAACCAAGCUCAACAGGGCAAAAAUGAUUACAUAAUUACUACAGGUGGAUUACUGAGGUGCAAGAAUAUCAUUCAUGUCGUGGGUGGAAAUGAUGUCAAGAGAUCGGUUUCCUGUGUUUUGCAAGAGUGUGAAAAACGAAAUUACUCUUCCAUUUGCCUCCCAGCCAUUGGGACAGGAAGUGCCAAACAAGACCCAGAUAAAGUUGCCAAAGCCAUAAUUGAUGCCAUUGAAGACUUUAUCCAGAAAGGAUCAGUCAAGUCUGUGAAAAAAGUUAAAGUUGUUAUCUUUCUGCCUCAAGUACUGGAUGUGUUUUAUGCCAACAUGAAAAAAAGAGAAGUGUCUCAGCCUUCUCCCCAACAGUCUGUGAUAUCUAAACUUGCAUCAUUUUUCGGCUUUUCAAAACAAUCUCUACAAAAACAGAAUCCUUUGGUUUUGGAAAAGAAAACAGAAUCAGCAAUUUUUCAGGUAUGUGGUGAAGAUAUGAAAAAUGUGGAAAGCAGUAUCUCCUGGAUACAGGAGCUGAUUGAAAAGGAACAGUGUCCUUUUACCUGUGAAGAUGAGUGUAUCAAAGACUUUUAUGAAAAGGAAUAUAAGGAAUUGAAUGAGCUGCAGAAGAAGUUAAAUAUUACCAUUUCCUUGGACCGUAAGAGACCUUCGAUUGAGGUUUUGGGAAUUACCAGAGAUGUGUGGAAGGCUAGAAAUGAAAUUGAGAAAAUGAUCAAGAGAGUUAGAUUGUCCAAAGAACAGGAAUCCCGGGCAGACUGUAUCAGUGAAUUUAUAGAAUGGCAAUAUAGUGACAACAACACUUUUCGUUGUUUUGAUAAAAUAACCAAUCUGCUAUUGGAGGAUGCAAGGAGAGGAAAAAAAGGGACAAUUAGUAUCAAAAUUGACAAUCAGAACUAUAUAGUGAACUUGGAUACGAACACCGCUACAGAUGCAAAUGGAAGAAAUUUACAUGUUCAGCGCCUCACAAAAUCUGAAGUUGAAAUCCCUGCACACUGGAGUGACAUGAAGCAGCGGAAUUUCUGUAUGGUUGACCUGCCACCUAAUCAUCCAGAAUUCAACACUGUUGCAAGCAAGUUUAAUCAGACCUGUUCACACUUCAAAAUAGAAAAGAUUGAGAGGAUCCAGAAUCCAGAUCUCUGGAAUAGCUACCAGGCAAAGAAGAAAACCAUGGAUGCCAAGAAUGGCCAGACAAUAAAUGAGAAGCAACUCUUCCAUGGGACAGAUGGAGACUCAGUGCCACAGGUCAAUCGAAAUGGCUUUAACCGCAGUUAUGCCGGAAGGAAUGCUGUGGCAUAUGGAAAGGGAACCUAUUUUGCUGUUCAUGCCAGUUAUUCUGCCAAUGAUACAUACUCCAGACCAGACAGCAAUGGGAGAAAGCAUAUAUAUUAUGUGCGAGUACUUACUGGAGAAUACACACAGGGAAAUCAGUCAUUAAUUGUGCCUCCUUCAAAGAACCCUCAAAAUCAGACUGAUUUAUAUGAUACUGUCACAGAUAAUGUGCAAAAUCCACAAUUAUUUGUGGUAUUUUAUGACUACCAAGCAUACCCAGAGUACCUCAUUACUUUCAGAAGAUAAUUUUUUGGUGUCCUUCCCAACAGACAUUAUUCAUCUAUUUGUAAAACAAGUUUUACAAAUGUCUGGUAAAACAAGUUUUAGCUUCCCCCACCAACAGCUUUUUAUCUCUUUUAUCAAAGGAUCCUUCUUUGUCACUGAAAUCAGAUUUUCUUCAGCUUCUC